AUGGUUUCAACGAUUACGAAUCAAUUCUAUCUUUUUCUUCUUGUCUUCUAUGGGAUUUCUUAUAUUCAAUACGUGUCAACUUCGUCGGUGUUUAGUGGUGCUGCAGUUCGAAACAAAAACCAUAAACUGGAUAAAAAUCAAGCAAAUCGCAAGAAUAAAGGUGGACACGAUGAUGAAUCGGACGGUGGUCUCUCCAACAAUGAUGAUGAUUUAAUGGGUCAAUCGAAUUCCGACGAAUGUCGUUUACGUAAAAUGUUACUUGCAAGUUAUGUGCCCGAGGCUCGUCCUGUUGUUAAUACCUCGACUGUCACCGUAGUUGACGUUGGUCUGACAAUCAUUCAAGUGAUGAAUUUAGAUGAACAAGAUCAAGUAAUGACAACAAAUGUUCAAGUGACAUUAAGAUGGCAAGAUGAGCAUUUACAAUGGCUACCAAGUGAUUUCAAUAAUCAAGGUCGAACAGUUUUUGCUUCGCGUGAAAUUUGGACGCCAGACAUAGUUCUGUUCAAUUCGGCUGAAGUUGCCUAUUCUCAACAACGUGAACAUUAUCUGUUGACUGUUCACUACAAUGGCACGGUUGAAUGGGUCUUUCCGGAUGUAUUUCGAUCGUAUUGUGAUGUUGUCAUUACAUACUUUCCAUUCGAUAAUCAAAACUGUACCUUAGAAAUUCAGUCAUGGUCAAGACCUUCGGACGAAUUGUUAGUUCGUCAUCAACCUCAAAAUGCUCGCCAACGCAAUCAAUACAUCCGAACUGAAUGGCAAAUCUAUGAAAUUCAUGUACAAAAUGCAACUAUGAAACGAUACCUCUGGCUUGUAUUUCAUAUCAAUAUGAAACGCAAUCAUCGAUUUUAUGUUAAUCAAAUGAUAUUUCCAUUUACGAUCUUAUCCUGCUUGACAUUAUUUGUCUUUUGGUUGCCACCUGAUUCCGGUGAAAAGAUCACAUUGACAAUAACCAUCCUACUAGCAUUAACAGUCUUCUUACAAGUCAUUUCCGAAUAUACUCCCAAAGCGUCGUCUACUCUUCCAAUAAUAGGUUUAUAUUUCAAUGUUAAUUUAAUCUUGGUGCUUAUUUCUGUUGUUUUGACUGUUGUUGUUCUUAAUUUUCAUUAUCGUGGUCCGAAGAAGUCCCGCGUGCCUGCCUGGUGUCGUCGUCUUGUCUUGGGAAAGAUCGGUCCGUGGCUUGGCUUUAAUUUCGUUAGUCCUGAACAAUUACUUGCUCCCAUCCUAACGCCCAACCCCCGUGCACGACGUUCAUCUCGUCGCGAUGUGGUCAAUGGUGAUCUUAAUCGAAAUUCCAAUCAGAUGAACAUCAAAUUACUCAGUCGUUCGGCAACACCGACAACAACAACCGAGAUUGAUAUUGAUGAAAUCAGUCCUCCGACAGAUGAACCAAAUUCACUUACAUACAAUAUCGAACAGAUCUUGCUCAAAAUGCAAAGACAAUUCGAUCCAAGUAAAAUCGAUGAUGAACAGUUGAAAAUCUCCAUUCUCCGCGAGAUUCUCGAAUGUCAACGUUUACUCUUAACAAUUCACGCGAAAAAACAGAAUCUCCAUUCUCAAUCGUUGCAUGACAUCUACGAAGAAUGGAAAAUUCUCGCGAUUAUUGUCGAUCGGAUCUGUUUUAUAUUCUACUUAGUAAGCAUGCUAGCAGCAUCGAUUUUUUUCUUUGUACGCGAGCCAAUUUUAAAACGAAAUGGAUGA